GAGUUACCUGGUCGGGCGCAACAAUAGUAGUGAAACGAUGACUACAAUAGUUUGAUAAGGUUUUUCUUUCCAUCUUUUACCGCCACAGUUCAACAGCCGACGAAGAUUGGCAUACUUUGAUGCGCUCAAAGCCCUAAGCAGAACCCCUGGGAUAGUUUGAUGACAAGCUAGGCUAGAAGAUGUGGAGGAGUCCAAAUGACUGUUUCGUCUUUGAUGUAUUGACCCGUCUACUGCUGUUUGCAGUGUUCUGUGUGACAGAGGUGCUACCUCCUUUCACUCGUGAGAUCCAGCCAGAGGAGCUGUGGCUCUACAAGUUCCACCAUGUUGAGAAUGACCACGUUCCUACCAAACUCAUGUUUAGCAUUGCACUUUUCACCCCAAUGGCUGUCAUCAUGCUGUUUGCCUUCCUGAACAAGACAGAGAAGAGGGACAUUAAGGAGGCCUCUCUGGCUGUGACUUUGACUCUGGUACUCAAUGGGGUUUUCACCAACGCUAUCAAACUGGCAGUGGGCAGGCCGCGGCCAGAUUUCUUCUACCGCUGUUUCCCUGAUGGUCAGAUGAACACGGAGCUGCGAUGCAGUGGAGACCCCGACACCGUGGAGGAGGGGAGGAAGAGCUUCCCUAGCGGACACUCCUCAUUUGCCUUUGCUGGUCUGGGCUUCACUGCUCUGUAUGUGGCGGGGAAGCUGCACUGCUUUAGUCCAGCAGGACGGGGCAAAGCCUGGCGACUCUGUGCCUUCCUCACCCCUCUCCUCUUGGCCAUCCUCAUCGCCAUGUCCAGGACCUGCGACUACAAACACCACUGGCAAGAUGUCCUGGUGGGCUCUCUGCUGGGGUUGGUGUUUGCCUGUCUGGGCUACUGGCAGCACUACCCGUCUCUCAGUGACACAGACAGCCACAGGCCCCUGGUGCAUCGGGAAGAAGUCCCCGCGGCACAGGAGCGCAAGCAGCAGGAGCAGCAGGCCAACUCAGGAUACCUUCUGCCUCUGACCAAUUGUAUAGAAGUUAAAGGACCACCACGGUUACGUUGGAUCACAAGUAAGGGACCAUGCUAGCACUCUGGGUUUUACAAAUCUAAGAGUAAUCCAAAUCGAAUGAGAAAAUUAAUUAAUCAAUCAUAUGGACUCUUUCUUGAUCACUUAAGAUGCCAAAAUGCAGCUACAGAUACUAUAUGUAUAGUAUGUUGUUUACAAUACUGUGCCAAUAAAGUUUACCAGGGAAUG